AUGUCUCCCAGGCCAGACCAUCGUGGUACACCCGAGGCCCCCGGCCGGGUCGUCACCUUGAUCGAGAGGUCGUACUGGGAGACACUCGUCGACCACCACGACUCAAGUCCCGAGCGUGUCUGGGGCGUCGCCUACCGCAUCAAGCCCGAAAAGGUCCCCGAAGUAAAGGAGUACCUCGACAUCCGCGAGAUCAACGGUUACACGAUCCACUACACGCCCUUCCACCCGGCCGGUGAGGGUGACGGCGAAGGCGGCUCUCCCAUCAGGACCCUCGUCUACAUCGGCACCCCGGACAAUGAGCAGUUUGUGGGGCCCCAGGACCCCCAGGAGCUGGCCGAGCACAUCUUCCGAUGCGUCGGGCCCAGCGGACCUAACCCAGACUACCUUCUCAGUCUUGAUGCAGCUCUCGAGGAACUCGACCCGGAGAGCGGCGACGUUCACAUCCACGACCUCGCCGAGAGGGUCCGCGCCUUGCAAAGGAAGUCUGCUGCCACGACCAUGGGGACAUCUACGACCGGUGGCGACGGCUCCGACAAGGCCAGCACCCGGAAAGCGAACGUGAUUAAGGAUACUGAAGAGUUUGAAAAGGGUUCCUGA